UUUUACACCUUGCUUGUCGAUAAGAGAACCAAGCCAAACUUUCAAAACCUCUCCAUUUCUUCCUCUUGGUUCUCUUCUCUGGUUUUCAAUCGUUUCCAUUUCCAUUUACACCUAUAAGAGAAAGACAGAGCCAGAAAAGAUUGUACGACUUGGAAAAUGGUUGCACUCUUGUCAACAUGGCCAUGGGAAGGCUUGGGAAGUUUCAAGUAUAUCCUAUAUGGACCGUUUCUUGCAAAGAUCUUACAUGCAAGGCAUCAAGAAGAUACCUGCAGCCAGGCCCUUUGGUGUCUGCACAUUCUAAUCUUAUGUACUCUUAGGUGUUUCAUGUAUCAUUCAUGGACCACUUACAGCAACAUGCUUUUUCUUACUCGAAAUCGCCGGAUCAUCAAAGAAGGAGUAGAUUUUAAGCAGAUUGAUAAAGAAUGGGACUGGGAUAAUUUCAUUUUGCUUCAAGCAGCUCUUGCUACAUUAAUCUUCUACAAGUUCCCGUUUCUUGCUGAUCUUCCUCUAUGGAACACAAGAGGCUUCGUUGCUGUUGUUUUGCUCCAUAUUGCAAUCUCGGAGCCUCUAUAUUACUUGACGCAUAAAUACUUUCACGGGAAGUAUCUGUUCACCAAUUACCAUUCACUCCAUCAUUCCUCUCCUGUCCCUCAACCCUUCACAGCUGGCCAUCUCACACUUCUUGAGCAUCUUGUGUUGGCUGUUGUGAUUGGAGUUCCUAUUGUUGGGGCUUGUUUUCUUGGACUUGGAUCAAUAAGCAUGAUCUAUGGCUAUGUCUUGAUUUUCGAUUUACUAAGAUCUUUAGGGCAUUGCAAUACCGAAAUCUUGCCCCAUCAGAUAUUUGAAAAAUUCCCUUUUCUUCGAUACCUCCUAUAUUCGCCAACAUAUCACAGCCUGCACCACACGGAGAUGGGUACCAAUUUUUGCCUUUUCAUGCCCAUUUAUGAUCUGCUAGGCAACACCCUGAACAGCAAAUCAUGGGACAUGCACAAGAAAUUCAGUUUAGACGCAGGUAAAAAUUCUAGGGUGCCAGACUUUGUGUUCUUGGCUCAUGUGGUGGACAUGACCUCAGCCAUGCACGCCCAAUUUGUAUUCAGAUCAUAUGGAUCCAUGCCCUACACAACUAGAGUUAUCUUACUCCCUUGGUUGCCAGUUUGCUUUGUCGUAAUGCUUCUGAUGUGGGCUAAGUCCAAAACUUUCUUGGUCUCCUUCUACAAGCUCAGAGGCAUGCUGCAUCAAACUUGGUCUGUUCCUCGCUUUGGUUUUCAGUACUUUUUACCGUUUGCCGCUGAUGGCAUUAAUAAACACAUUGAGGAGGCUAUUCUAAGGGCUAAUAGAUUGGGAGUCAAAGUUAUCAGCCUUGCUGCAUUGAAUAAGAAUGAGGCUCUGAAUGGCGGUGGUACACUGUUUGUGAACAAGCAUCCAGACCUUGAAGUUAGAGUUGUUCAUGGUAACACACUAACAGCAGCUGUGACUCUCAAUGAGAUUCCAGACGAUGUGACAGAGGUAUUCUUAAGCGGAUCUACCUCCAAACUUGGAAGAGCAAUUGCUCUUUACCUGUGCAGGAAAAGAGUUAGAGUUCUGAUGUUGACAUUAUCAACAGAAAGAUUUCAAAAGAUUCAGAAGGAAGCCCCAACAGAAUAUCAGAAGUAUCUAGUCCAAGUGUCAAAGUACCAAGCUGCUCAGAACUGUAAGACAUGGAUUGUUGGCAAGUGGAUUACACCUAGAGAGCAAAGAUUUGCACCACCAGGGACGCAUUUUCAUCAAUUUGUGGUUCCACCAAUUCUGCGGUUCAGAAGAGACUGCACGUAUGGUGAUCUAGCAGCUAUGAAGUUACCUGAAGAUGUUGAAGGACUAGGAUGCUGUGAGUAUACCAUGGAUAGAGGUGUUGUCCAUGCAUGUCAUGCUGGUGGGCUGGUUCAUUCCUUGGAAGGUUGGACUCACCAUGAAGUUGGAGCAAUUGAUGUAGAUAGAAUUGAUGUUGUAUGGGAAGCAGCAUUGAAGCAUGGACUGAAACCAGUCUCAGGCGUCAGAAAAUUGAUUCAGCAUUAGAACUGAAUUGGUUUUUGGCAAAAUUAUUAUGGCAUUUCAUUUUACAGGUUGCCAGCUAUGGCAGAAUUUGGCUCAAGUCAAUACAACCUAAAAUAUUGAAUUACAAAUUAUCAAGAAAGAACUUAAGGAUUACAUGUCUUGUUCGAUUCUACCGUUUAUACAUUCCAGUGAUGAAAUAGCAUUUCAACCAGUCACUUUCCAUUGA